AUGGCAUUUACCUUUGAAGAUGGUUGGCUCCCGACCUUUCUCCCCAUCUGCCCCAGGACGUUGGUUUACCCCUUCCUCAUGAGAGGGAGGCCUUUUCCAGUCGCGGUGCUUUUCAGAGGCUUUGUCUUCUGUACGGGAAACGGACUCCUGCAAGGCUACUACCUGACUCACUGCACUGAGUACCCUGCCGAGUGGUACACAGACAUACGGUUUAUCCUGGGUGUUGGCUUAUUUGUUUUGGGAAUGGGAAUCAACAUUCAUAGUGACUAUCUAUUGCGCCAGCUCAGGAAGCCUGGAGAAGUCAUCUAUAAGAUUCCACAAGGGGGCUUGUUCACGUACGUUUCUGGAGCCAAUUUCCUUGGUGAGAUCAUCGAAUGGAUCGGCUAUGCCCUGGCCACCUGGUCCCUCCCAGCACUUGCAUUUGCAUUUUUCUCAAUUUGUUUCCUUGGGCUGCGAGCUUUUCACCAUCAUAGGUUCUACCUCAAGAUCUUUGAGGACUACCCCAAAUUUCGGAAAGCCCUCAUUCCAUUUAUCUUUUAAAGAAACCAAAUUUAAAAAGGAACAAAACUCCCACAAUGUUGUUGAAAAUCACCGUAACCUUUAAGGUUCACAUAUCUAUGAUGUAAUAGUUCGUAUAUACAUGAUAUACGCAAUGGUAGGCCUUUUGUGCUCUUUCAGCUGGCCUGGAGAGUCUGCAUGAUACCCCCUCCCAGGGCUCUUGAUCCUGAUCUUGUGUUGAAGCUUCAACCAUGCCCUUGGCUAUUCCUCCUAGAAAGUGCAAGGCUUCCCCAUGUGUGUUUCUUUGUGUGAUCCAAGUUCAUGUGGCUUUAUACCCGCUCGACAUCAAUGUAAGAAAGCUCUGCAGUCAAGAAAGUUUUGCGUGGAGGGUAGUGUUUAUAGACUUAAUUAAAGAUGCAUAUUCUACACCCAUAUGAAUGAGGAGAGAUUUAAAUUCUGAAGCUGCACAGCCCCCGAGCAAAUCUACCGCCAAAUGAAAACUGAGUCACGUCUUCCUUUUCCUUAGGUAAUUAGGAAAGAUGUGUGAUGGGUAGGCAGCCUUUUAACAGAGGAGCCCUCUCUUCCCAUUGCUGCAAAUGCAACCAUCCCUUGACCCCAUUUCAAAUGUUUGCAAUGUCUUAGUGCCUCUGUCUUCCUGAGGAUUUCAUUCCCUCGGUUAGAGGCAUCAGAGCCUAACGCGGAGAACUGGUUUUCCUGAUGGUUUCAGUGAUCACAAAGAAAAAGACACAGCAGUGGAUGGCUCCUGAGAGAGUGCAGAAGAGUUUUAGAGUGGCUACUGCAAACUCUCCUAUCCUUGGAAACCGGUGGAAAUAGCCAAAUAAUGAGCGGGCGUCAAGUAAGCGGGCGUCAAGUAAGGAGACGACGAAGGACAGAUGCUGCUUGCCUCAACGAGGUGUCCACAGCGACAGUGAAGCAAAUCGGAAGAACCCAGCAACUCUCAUCUCUGGGUUUCUUCCCCACAGCUCCAGGACCUGAGCUAGAAGGUGCAUCUUGAACAUCAGCUCUCAAAGGAGCCCAGAACAGAAGCCAAGAGCUGCAACCAAAAAGAGGAAUCAGGGCAGAAAGCCUGUUUUUUGGGGGGUUGGGUGGGGAGGGGUGGCAGGCUCAGACAGUAAUUUACAAGUAUCUUGAUUUUCUUUUUUUUUUUUACAUUCAAUGUUUCCAAAAUUUAAAAAUGAGGAGGUUUUUGC